GCCCUGUACCAUGUGACCUCUGUGAUCAUUCACAGAUUUCAUUAGCAGUAAGCAAUGAUGUCAGCAAGUGACAUCUUGCUUACUACUAUUCAUGUGAUUAAUGAUUGGCCAAUCAGUGAUCAAAUGAAUCGGGAUCUCACACAGCGGGCACCAGAUCGCGGAGCCGCACACUCCCAGGGAGCGCGCACAGGCAGGGAAGCGGGAGGAUGUUUUAUAAAUGGCCAUCUGCUCCUGCACUGCUCCCUUCUGGCCGUUUAUAUACAGACAGACAGAGGU